AUGAAUCAUCAAAUGAAGGAGAAACCUAAUGACAACUCUGUAUAUGUGACAAACACUCGAGGAUUUAUGUUUGCAUUAGGAAAACGUAGAGAAGUAUAUUAUAAGAUAAAAUAUGAAUAUGCACUUACUGACCUAAACAAUUCAUUAAAAUCAAAUCAGAUGAUGCGUCUUCAUGGAUUAAUUUAUCGUUUAAUGGGCAGACAUUUGAAGAUUUGUCGCUCUUUUCAAAACUCUAAUU